UCACUUUAAAUCAUCAAUCUCUGGUACAGCAGAGAUCAUAAACUGUUAGUGGAGCGUGGGAAAUAUUACAAUAUCUCAUCUGGGAUACCCCGUCUUUCAGGACAGUUUACAGCCGGUUAUUCGUCGUAAUUUAGUCCAAAUAAUUCUGUCUACAUAGAUAGGUCUUUCAUAAGCACUUAAUAUUGUUUACCAAAGAAAUGGUGAUGGAGAAGCCAAGUCCCCUGCUUGUAGGGCGGGAGUUUGUGAGGCAGUAUUACACACUCUUAAACAAGGCACCAGAUUUCCUGCACAGGUUUUAUGGGAGGAAUUCUUCCUAUGUACAUGGAGGGCUUGACCCAAGUGGGAAGCUGGCGGAGGCUGUGUACGGGCAAGCGGAAAUCCACAAGAAGGUCAUGUCUCUGCAGUUUAGUGAAUGCCACACAAAAAUCAGGCAUGUGGAUGCCCAUGCCACUCUGAGUGAUGGAGUGGUGGUGCAAGUCCUCGGAGAACUGUCAAACAAUGGUCAACCCAUGAGGAAAUUUAUGCAAACUUUUGUGCUUGCUCCGGAGGGUUCUGUGGCAAACAAGUUCUACGUCCACAAUGACAUCUUCCGUUAUGAGGACGAAGUUUUUGGAGACUCUGAAGCUGAGCUUGAUGAGGAAUCUGAGGAGGAAGUUGAAGAGGAACCAGAAGAGAGGCAGGCGUCCCCUGAGCCACUUCAAGAAAGCCCCAACAGCACCACCUAUUACGACCCUCACCCUGUCACCAAUGGAGUGGAGGAGCCCAUGGAGGAGCCAGCUCCAGAACCAGAGCCAGAACCGGAACCAGAGCCAAAAGUAGAGGAGAUAAAGCCUGAAGUAGAUGAGAAGGUUCUGGAAGAAAUGGAGGAAAAAGCACCAUCACCGGUUCCUGUGGAGUCUCCACCAAACACCCAGGAACCUCCCAAGACUUUCUCCUGGGCCUUGGUGACCAGUAAAAACCUACCUCCUACUGGCACAGUCACCUCCUCUGGAAUCUCCCCUCAUGUCGUUAAAGCUCCAAGCUCACAGCCCAGAGUGGAAGCCAAGCCGGAGACACAGACAGCACCUCUUCGCCCCAGAGACCAGCGCACUCGCGACAGACCGACCUUCACUCCACGGGGUCCCAGGCCUGAUGGUGUUGCAUCUUCUGAGUCACAAACAGGAAAGCCGCACUUGAGUUUUGUUAACAAAGGUGGCCGGGGAGAUGCCGAGUCUGGUGACAUGGACGGCAGGCGGAAUCCCCGUUAUCCAGACAGCCACCAGCUUUUUGUUGGAAACCUCCCACAUGACAUUGAUGAGAGCGAGCUCAAAGAGUUCUUCAUGACGUAUGGAAACGUGGUGGAACUGCGGAUCAACACCAAGGGCGUUGGUGGGAAGCUGCCCAACUUUGGAUUUGUGGUGUUUGAUGACUCUGAUCCUGUGCAAAGAAUCCUGGGAGCCAAGGUAGAAGGGCCCAUCAUGUUUCGAGGUGACGUGCGUCUGAAUGUGGAGGAAAAGAAGACGAGGGCGGUGCGUGAACGAGAGACCCGCGGUGGAGGAGAUGAACGUCGGGACAUGAGGCGCAACGAUCGGGGUCCUGGAGGUUCACGGGGCAUCGUGGGAAGUGGAAUGAUGCGUGACGGGAGGGGACCACCGCCUCGAGGUGGCAUGGCCCCCAAACCUGGCAUGGGCUCUGGAAGAGGCUCCGGGGGCCAGGGAGAGGGUCGCUUCACGACCCAGCGCCGCUGAGAAGAGCACCACCUGCAGCGUGGAAAUAGUAUCGUGUUCCUCAGCUUCAACCGUUCUCGUUAACGAAAAGAAAUCUUCAUGUAUAAAAGUAUAUAUUUGUUUUUUUGGUUCUUUUUUUAAAUUUUUUGUUCCCUCUUUGCUUUGGAAUGUGACACAGCCUGUCAACCAUUUGUUUGUGAACUAGACAAAACAAAAUAAGCAAACAAAAAAUGUCGCUUAUUAGUUGUGAGCUGAGCAUCCUUUUCGGGUAACUCAAGAAUUCACAAACUUUAAUUUGUAAAUUCGUGAAAAAAGGCAAACCAACCAGGAGUAAUCUGCCACAUUAGGAGGGACUGAUGAGACUUUUAACUACAAUAAUACAGCCCAUCAUUUGGAAAAGAGAUUAUAUGCCUUGACUUAACUGGGGCGCUGCUUCACGAAAUCCCUCUAUUGCACAUUUUAUAUGGUAGUUUUCUGCCCUUUACUGUUGGAAAAGAGUGAGAUGCAAAGUUUUUGCAGUUCCAGGGGAAAAGCUUGCCUUUUACUUUUUUCCUUUUGAGAGACCACUGCUUCAAAAUUGCAUAAUGCACUCAUCAAUAUGCACUAAUGGGUACUUUUUGUCAUGUUACAUUGACAUCCAUGCUCGGAACGCAGCUGGAGAGACCUGUUUUGUCUCAAAGCGAUACGACUUACCGGGGCAGGCCACUCGCAGCCUGUCCGCUGUGACCAAUGUACUUUUCACACUUUUGACCCAAAACUACGCUUCAAUUACUGCUGGAUGGACAAGAUGACAAGCAAAUCUACAUUAUAUUUUUCCUCAUUUGUAAAUCAAACAAAACAAAAAAAAAAAAAAAGCUCAAAUCCUGGACUUUCACCAAAUGAGUGGGGGGACAAAGGAUAAACCAAGAAACAAAGUUGAACAAUAGAAGAGUGGUAAUUGAUGGCGGCUCGCUCUGUUUUUCUUUUGAUUCCAAGUUUAAUUGUUUUGUUUUUUCCCUGCCAGCUAGACUGCGAAACUGGGAUGGGUGACACCUCCCUCCCUCUUCCCUCCCUUCCUGUCUUAAGUGCGGAGUAACCGAAUAAAUGUACAGCAAAAAUCAUAGUUUACUGUAUGUUUUGCUUUUCUGUGUAUAUUUUCAUUUCUCUCUCGACUUGAUAAAAGCAUGAUGGUGCCUUCUAUUUCACCUUUUUCGGUCUUACUAAAGCAGUAAAGCAGUUCGGGGCUCGCUGCCUCCUAGUAUACGGAGCUGCUCAUUUUGAACUAUUGUCUGCUAGGAGCAGAUUAAAAAAAUACUUGCAGUAUUCAUAAAAUUUACAUUUUUUUGGGUGCAUAUUUCAUUUUUUCCAUACUGUUUUACUACCUAAGAUGAUCUGCUGUGAGUUUUGUACAUUUGUGUUUGUGUAAUUGUGUCAGUUCUGGGUUUUGUAGAGACAAUAGGUGCCUCGGUUCUGUUUGUUGUUAGAUGGUUAAAGAGGUGCAUCUGAAGAACUUCUCCCAAAACAAAGGUACAUUAAAGAUGGUGACGGUGAAAUGCUUGGUCUUUGGUUAUAGCUCUUCACGACCACGGUUUCUGAGGUUUGGAAAAAUGUCCCAUAAUAUGGUUCAGAUGCUGUUGAUCCCUUUCAGUCUGACCUUAGUUUUUUGUGACUCAUGGCAGCGCUCGGGUUAAUCCCUGGACUCAGAAGUUGUCAGACUGUUCUUUUCUCAGCUACAGUUUUGUAACGAUCUGUGGGCGGGCUGGCCAUAGCUCCAGCCUGCAGACAAGCAAAUAAUUGUGCUCACUUUUCUAGCGUUAAUGCAUUUGUAUUUUCAUACGCUGAUUAUUCACUGUGCUUAUUUUAUUGAGUUAUUUUUUCCAUUCAAGGCUAAGUCUGAUUUGAAUGCCGUACCAGUUGGCUCCUUCUUGUCUGCUAGCAUCUUUUGUUCAUACCACUCAGUAGGGAGGGAAGACCUUUUGGUUUCAGCUGGAAAGGAAAACAUGACAAGUGAGAUGUUAUAUUUUAUUAUUAUUAUUUUGUUGUUAUCUUGCACUGAACUGGGAAGUGAAAAUGACGAUGUAGCAUUUUUCUUGACAAAUAUACUAAUGAGGUCUUCCUUGUCUGGUAGUAUUGCACUAUUUUCCAGCAUUUCUGGGACAAUCUGUCAGUUUGAACACAGCCUCUCCAAAUUUCUCAUCUGACAGUGAAAAAGAAAAAAAACAAGUAUCGCUCAUCUUGUUAUUGACAUAAAAUGUUAGCUCUCAGUUAAAACAAGACCUGAUGGACAGAUAUGGCAUAUUUAAGGUAGAUUUCCACAGUAAAGCUUGGCUGCUCUCCCUCGUUGAGAUUAAACACUUUUUUUAGAUGUGAGUAGUUUUUGAACUCUUAAAUUGGGUAACAUUACAGAAAACUUCCAGAUCUUUGGCCCUCGAGUGUUGAACACUUCUCACGGGUACCUCAGCCCCCCCCAAACAAAUGUUUAUUUGUCAGGUAAUUGCUUAACAUGAGCACUUGACUGCAAUCAUGCUUUUUUACAGCAAUGGUCCACGAAGAGAGUAGUGAAGAAGAGCCAUCAUGCUUUCUGACCAAUCUUCUGCUUUUUACAUGUUAGUGGUGGAAAAAUGUUUUGAACAUAGAAAUUUAUAGUCUGAUAAUUAUUCGUUUUCGCUGAGGUUUUUUCACGACUCAUCCAUUUUCCGAACUUUAAAGGAUCCUCAGAAGAAGAAGAAGAGGAAAAAAAGCUGUAAAUCUAUUUUCCUGUGGUUAAAAAUGCAGUUAGUGGAUCCUCAUUGUGAAUCAUUCUAGUCCUUUCCAAAUGGAAAUAGAAGUACCUUCUUGGCUCUAGCAGGUGUGGUAAACAGUUGGCUGCCAUCUUAAUUUUAAUGUGUUUACCCUUGUUGCUAGUACAAAACUGUUGCAGGUGGAGAAUCUUUUUUUCUUUUUUUUUGUAAUUAGAUUUUUUUCUUUUUUGUUAUUUUUUCCUUUCCAUUUUUGAAUGUGUUGGACUUAACAUACAAUAAACUACUGAUAACAGCA